AUUAGGUUUUAUUAAUUAUUCUGGGAUCAAAUGCUAGCAUUGAGUUGUGCCAUUACUCCUCUUAUAGUUUACACACAAAUUCACGUAUUGCGUACAACGUAAUAUCUAAAAAAUAUAUUGUACACAAUAAAUCCGUAAAUCUAUAACCGUUGCCCUUUCGUCUGUCCAUUUUUUCUAAUCAAUACCUUCGACGUUAAGUCUUUUACGAUUUAUUUUCGAGCCCCAAGUUACGAAACGUAUUCAUUCUGUAGCUCAGUUGUAUUCAUUAUUAUAAGACGUGCCAUGUCCUCCAAUGGGAAUGCGGAGACUAUUAUAGUUACUGGUAAUUCUGCAACUAUCGCUGAUUCCGAAGAAAAUAAUGCUACAAUGAAUGAGAGUUCUAGUAAUUCGACAUCAGCAAAUACAGGAGUCAGUUCUACAACUCCUGAAAUUAAAACACAAGAUAUGUGCAUAGCAGAAGGAUGCAAUAAUUUAGCUAUUCAACAUGCAGAGUGGGACAAUGAAUAUUGUAGUGUGAGUUGUACCUAUAAGCACUGCAAAGCUACAUUUAAAGCAUGGCUAGAAAACAAUAAAACAUCUAAACCGAAAUCAGUACCAGCACCUGUGACUCAAGUAAAUGUAGUUAACAAACAAGUAAAAGAAGAACCAGAAACAAAUUCAACAACUACAUAAAAUUAAGUUGCAUAUUUUCAUUAAUAUAACAUUUUUGUAAAUAAAUCAAUUAUUUUUACCAUUUUUCAUUAUUAUUAAAUAAAAUUCAGUUAUUGUGAACAGUA